AUGGUCUUCAAAACUUUACAACUCAAUCUCGCAUCAGCAAAAGAUCUCAACAAAGUUAACCUCUUCUCCAGAAUGCAAGUCUACGCCGUCGUUUCAAUCUCUGGAAACCCGUUCAAUAAUCUAAAGACUAAAACACCCCUUGACAGAGAAGGAGGUACUAACCCCGCUUGGAAUUUCUCCGUUAAACUCCCUUUCAGUGAAGUGCUAGCUCACCAUAAUCGUUUGACUCUCGAGAUCAACCUUCGCUGUUCCGGCAGCCGCGCCAUCGAUAAAGAUGUCGGUAGCGUCCAAGUUCCUCUCGGUGAGCUUCUCAAACAAACCGGUGAUGGAAAAACCUUCCAACAUGUUAGUUACCAAGUUAGAAAACCGUCUGGAAAACCAAAAGGUUCUGUUAAUUUUUCCUACAAAAUCACUGAUCACGUGAACCAGAACGCGGAACCGGGUUAUCCUUCUCCGGCAGUGGGGUCUACUUCUUCGCCUUACCCUGUUGUGUAUCCUCCUCCUCAGUCACCGUCCUACAGUGAGUAUCAACAAACUCCAGCGGGUUACUUUUAUCCGCCACAUAACGGCCAUGUCUACCCGCCUCCAGACGCAGUACCGGUUGCAAUGAGACCUUUAGUUUUCUCUGUAUUACUAGCUUUUUUAUCUAUUUGA